AUGGUCAAAGACGACGGCGGGCAGACAGUGGUGCUAGGCCCCAGGGGGGAGACGUGGGCUGUGGCCACAGAUUUUGAUGACGACUGUGACACGGACAUCUUGGCUGGUAAUGGGGGAUAUGUGUAUCUGCUGGAAAAUAUUGGAGACGCAGAAAAGGGUCAAUUUGCAGCUCCUCGGAGAUUGACCAAAGCAGAUGGAACCACAAUUGACAUGGGAUAUUGGAGUGGUGCUCCAGCAUUCAAAGACAUGAACGGAGACGGCCUGAAGGAUCUGCUCCUCUCCGAGUGGGAUGGUACCCUCACCCCCCUCUCUCUCUUCAUCAACAUCGGAACUUCAACAGAACCCGCAUUUGCUGAACCACGCGUGCUGCUCAGGACGUUGGGCGGAAGCGGAAUCAGCUUUAUCUGA